AUAUCAGUGGAACGGUGCGUUUAUCCUGAGAAGUGUAUGUGUGAAUAAAUCGCCUCCCCUGUCACCACCAUCUUCUUGUUAGGGUUUUCAGUGCUUGCAUGUGAGGAGCAAGAGGCAGUGUAGUUUGCAAAUCCCAUUCGGAUUACCAAAACGACACACCAGGAGGUCGUUUUUCAUUCUCAGGUUUUCAUAACAAAUUUUUGAAAUGGAAGAUAAAGGAAUUAAGCAGGAGUCAAAUGCUUCAGCAGCUGGGGUUUGUGAGGUACCUGGAGAACCUGCUAUUGUAAUUAAUGGGGUGCCUGACAUAAUCCCCAGUGACUGCAAUGUUGCUCCCACUCCCCAUAAGUCUUCAGGCAAAGUUGAAAUGCAUGCACCUUCAGGUUUGGGUGAAUGGUUUGAAGGGAGGGAAGUCCAAAAAUGGUUUAUGGGAAGAUAUUACUCAGGUGCAGUAACUGAUUUCGACAAAGGUUCAGGGUGGUACAGGGUUCACUAUGAAGAUGGUGACUCGGAAGAUCUUGAUUGGCCGGAGUUGGAAGAGGUGCUUCUUCCUUUGGACGUUACAGUUCCGCUUAAGGCAUUGGCCCAGAGGAUUGUCAGAAAAGACAAGAAAUCCGGUCCUAAAUCUGUUAAGAAUGAAGCUGCUCAUUCACAAAAUCCCCAAAUCAAAAGAAGGACAACAAAAGGAAAGUAGAUCAUGGUUCCAUUGCAAGAGGUUUUAGUUGAAAUUUUAGUGGUUUGUAGAUAUCAAUUACAUAGCAUGCUGAACAGUUCCAAAAAUGCUCAGCUAAGAGAGCAAUUAGGAAAUUGGUGAUGAUGGAAAUUAAAUUUUUUGUAGUAGCAGUGGGGACUGUUUGUUUUGUAGUUAGGGAAUUGGUCCCAUGGAGAAUUCCAAAGCUUGUUGUAGUGAUGAUUGAAAAUUAUGUUUUACUUGGUGAAUUACAUUACUAAAAUGGCGACAACAAGAUUUGCUAUGAUACUCUGUUCUGCUUAAA